AUCACUGUCGUCGGCGUUUCACUGUCGUACAACGUCGACUAGUUUAUCGAAACAACGAUCCGCCACUAGCUUUUCAUCGGCUUUUCCGUCGCGCUCCUUUUUCAUCCGUCGUUCCAUCAGUGUGUAACGCGAUUACGUUCGUUUACCUCCGUUGGAAUCGUCUCGGGUCGCGAAAGGAGAAUCCUUUUUUUCAUUUUCCCACACGCGACACGCACCGAGUUACUCUAAAAGUCUCGAAGAUCGCGAUGGCAUUGUUAAAUGAAUUGCAAAUUCGUGAAGAAGGUCGUGACGAGGAUAAUCCCGUUCUUCCAUCGCAGAGUCACAGCACAAGAGAAUAGUACUUUCAUUAAAUGAUUGAUCUUCCAUUGGUCGAAGACACUGAAUUCAACAGCACCCUGGAAGAAUCUUGCCGCGAUUUCUUUAUUUUUUAAGUGCAACGUUUGUAUCUUGCUCCAGAAGAAAUUUUUUGUUAAAUCUGCACAGAGAUCACAAAGACGAACGAAUGGCGAAACGCUCGAGACAUAACUGACAGUCCGUGCACUUCAUUCUCGCGCAGCACGUGUUGAUCGUAAACACUCGCUUGCGUCAGCGCGAAUCGCGGGAAAACUCGUUGUGUCAAUGAAACGAUGGAAAACAACGAAGAUCGAUACCUGAGAAACUCCCUUUUCGUCAAACAGCACGAAACAGAGAGAAGAAAAAACAGAACGAUUGCGUUUCGUUGAUAGUUUCUCGACGACGUUCGACACGGUGGAAUUUCCACGCGGUUCACCGACGUAAUGGACUCUCUACAUACUCGGAACGCUUGGAUACCUUCGCAAACGAUGACACAAUUUUACUCGUUCCACAUUUUUAUCUCUUGAAUGCUCGGCUUCGAACGAUCACGAAGAUUUAAUGAAGAUAUCGUCGAUUUUUUUCACGAUCCGGUAUUCCAACACUUCCAACGAUUCGCGCGUUAAACAAAGCACCGAUGGUCACUCGUUAUCGCAAAAAGUGUAGUUAGCGAUAAGGAAUAUAUUGUUGAACAACGUUGUUACAUAUCAAUCGGUGAUUCGGAAACAUGAAAAUUCAUGACAUAGAAUUGUCACAGAAUAAUACUUAUUCCACGUCAGUUCUCGGUAUAGAAUGUACGGUUGUCGAAGAGAACGAAGAAAUUGACGAGGAACACGUGUAAAUAUCUCCUGGGAAGCUUCGAAACCGGCACAGAACGUGAUCCGAAGAGAGGUCGAAGAAGACUGAAGAAAGCCGGCUUCCAGGCUCGACAUCGUCGUUUCUUAUCGUGUGUUGCCUGUAAACAUUGCUUACAUCACGCUCCUCGUUGGCACGCUGGCCACGUUGUUUCGAGCGCGAAACUGUUUUUUACCAGCGGACCAACCAGAAUUCGGCAACUAUGGUUUUCUUGGUUCUUUCAUUGGUUCGCAUCGCGUUUCGAAGCGAUACGGUACUCUAUUCGUCCAGAAGAGAAUAGGGUCAUCGUGCGAAAAAUGACGCACAAGUUUCUAUUGACGAGUACGAGUGAAAUGUUUGAAAGUAUGCUGAAAGAAACGGUUCCUCCUAUAUCCUUAUUAAUUAUUAAUUAGGAAACCUAGAGUAAGCAGGUUGAACUCCAGGUGAAUGCCGAAGGCCCGUACAAAAGCAAUAUUUGGAAUAGUCAAUAUUUUUUUUUGUUUUGUUUUAGCUGUUAAGAUAGCGAAAAACACACCUAAAACGGUGUUGAGAUUAUUUCAAAAUCUAGCCAUAGGAAUUGAAAAAUCAAGAAUUUUUGCACAACUUCAAAACGUGUUCAUUCCAAUGGUAACGUUCAGUUCCAAAAAAGGUAACAACGCAAAACGGAGUCAACUGGGAGAGUGAAGCCUCAGGCCCUACGGGCCUUCGGCAAUAACACGGAAGGGGAAAAGGAUAAGAGGCAACCCACGUCUAAUCUAUAUCAGCUUCCCUUUAUCAUUAAUCAGCAUUGCAAACAGUUUCAUUAGGGUUUAUUAUUUUCCCGGUUGUUAUCUGUACUUUCUUAACAGCGUAAGUUAUGGCGUCCGACAAACCGAUUACAAUCUCCGUGGCUGUAAUUUCUCGUCGUACCGAGUGCUAUUUAUCGUCAAUGUCCGAACUGCCAAUCGGUGCUGUUUCUCGACGAUUAUUCGCGAACCCCCUCUUCAAUUCGCCACUUGCAAAAGCUUCUCGCUUUUUGUUACCGUUAUUCCACACGAUUAUCUUCCUUCUGAUACGAUGGUCUUAUGUUUCAUGGAAAUUAUAGGAUUAUUCAACUUUCAACUGGCAAUAAAUUAACGCGUUGAAUGCUAUGAGGGUGACCGGCACCGUAAAUUACACAUGUCUGAAUAAUUAAAAGAAAACAUCAGAAAAAAGGUAAUAUUGUUACGGUACGAAUAAUGUAAAAUGGCGAAUAGGAAGCUUGAAAUUUGAAAAUUAAUUAUUUCUAUUCUUAAUAAUUAAAACUUCGAUACGUCCCGCUUCAAUUUCGAAUAGUAUAGCGCGCUUUAAAAAUGGUACCACCAGUGGCACCUAGAGGCAACAUGUGGCAACAGCUUCAACGAGUCGAUAAAAUAGUAUAAUCUUGUCCAUGGUAACACUGAUUACAGAUUCCUAUUGGAUCUCGCUCAAAAGAUAAAAAUUAUAACCAAUUUCCGUGUUGUUUCGGACCAUUUGUCCUACGACAUGAUGGGAACCGGAGGAACUCUAAAGCAUGGGACUCACCGAUCAUUGAUUUGCACCACUGCACUAGCAACGUCUGUCGAAAGUUUGAUUGGCCCACGAUUGACCCACGAUUGACCCAUGGUUAAUUUGUUGUUCUGGUGGAUUAGGCAGCUCGUAGUUUAGUUCGUCAAAAAAAUGCUACCCUCCACGGCCAAAGUACAAUUCUGAAAGCAUAAAAAUAACAAAAUAUUAAAGGAACUCCCCUAUAAAACGCUGUAAAACAUUUGUAACAUAAUAAAGAUCCAAGAAUACGAUUGAAAAGUACAGAAGUUUUUAAAUUACGAUCGAUGCACAGUAGACUGCGUAAUAAAAUAAUCUUUAAAAUCAUGUUUCAUUGCACAAGUAGAUUAAAUCUAACAUUGUAUAAUUAAUAAACCUGCUUGUAAGGUAACAAAUCGAUUUAUUCGUGCUUAUAAAAGUUCCAAGCGAAUCGUUUAUCUCGCAUAGUAAUUUCAUAUUGCUUUUCUAAUAAGUUGAACCAUGAAAAGGCUGUUAAUUUGGUGGUGGAAUAUUAUUAAACAGUACUUAAGGAACUGUAAUAUUCAUGGUAUUGGAUAUACAGUGGACGAAAAUCUUUCGUAUGUAGAAAGAUUAUUUUGGUUGAUCUGUUGUGUACUAAGUUGGUACGGAUGUGCAAUCACGAUCAUUGAUGUGCUAGAAGAUUAUCACGAGUAUCAUGCUGCUGUAACCGGUGAGACUACGUACCUUGAUUGGAAGACUCCUUUUCCCGCUAUUGCGUUUUGUAUUUCUUCUACCAAAACGAUUAAAAGCAAAUAUUUUAAAAGGAAUCCAGGAAUGUUCACAAAUUACUCCAAUCCCAGUUUGCUUCAAGCAUCAGCAGAAGAACUUUUGGAUGCUUACAAAAAGACGAACAUACCCUGUACGGAAUUUUUAGCCGAGUGUACCUGGAACAAUAAGAAGUUCAAUUGUUGCAGCGAAUUUCAAGUAAUAAAGAAAACUGGUAUCGGUCAUUGUAUCGCUAUGAAUACCUUACAUGUGAAGAAGAUGAAUGAACCGAGUGUACGCUUCUUCGUCAAUCGCACCGUAAAAUACGGUGACGUUAUCAUUGAUAUUAACAUAAAUUCGAAAACGAAAGCGUACUUCUUCACGUCGUUUACAGUGCACGUCUUCAAUAACCUCCAGCUACCAAUGCUUACUAACAUAGAGAAGGACGAGAUACAUAUGAAGCCUGGCAAAACAACAUUAGUCCAAUUUAUAAUACAGGACACGGUCAACGAGGAUGGCGUGAAGAAAAUUCCAAUUGAUCAUAGAUUUUGUCGUUUCCCGGAUGAAAAACAGGCUAACGGUCUGUUUGACAUUUACAGCAGCGAUUCAUGUUAUCUCGAGAUGAUAAUAGAACGGAUGAUAAAGUUAUGUGGUUGCGUACAUUUUUAUUACUUUGUACCGAAAGGAGCAAGGGCUUGCAACGGAACUGAGAUGCUUUGUAUAAUUGCGAACAAAACGGAAAUCACGUCGCAGGUGGCGAAGAAUGAACAAUGCUAUCUUAAUUGCGAAGGGACAUCGGUGAUCUUGAACGGACUGGAACCUUACGAACAUAAUUCUCCGGAUCGUUCCUACUCAAGAAUUCAUUUUUCUUUACUUUCGCAUCCAACAGUGAGAUAUCGUCGAUACGUUGUCAAUGACAUUUUAGAUGUCACAGUUUCAGUCGGAAGUGUAUUUGGUCUCUUCAUGGGAGCUAGUAUUUUGAGCUUUUUUGAAAUACCAUACUGGUUAUUCUAUCGCCGAGACAAACUAGCUGAAGUCAAUUCUUUUUAAUUUUAAAAGUCACGAACAUAGAUUGA